AUUUAAUUUAAUACAUUUUUAUUAUUUCGUUUAAUUAACUGUUUAUUAGUAGUGUUUUAUUUUGUCAUGUGGAAUGCGUCAUAGCGCAUGCGUCAGGUUUCUAGCACCAUUCGCAUGCGCCUUAUAUAUAUACUUAUUUAUUUCCUCUUGCGCAUGCGCACGUGGCGUUUGGGCGGGUCUCAACCGUGAUUGGAACACAAAACUGUCAAUCAGGCGACAGCAGCAGCACCACCAGUUAAGAGACGAAACAGUAAAGCAGGCAACGGUGUUGAACUUCGCUGUUAUCUUUACAUUUACUUUUAGGUUUCCCCCCCCCCUUAAUCUAACUGGUUAAUUAAAAUGACCGAGCAGUCGUCGCUUCUUCUUAGAAAACAGUUAGCAGAACUCAAUAAGAACCCUGUUGAUGGCUUUUCGGCUGGUCUGAUCGAUGACGACGAUAUCUAUCAGUGGGAGGUUGUGAUCAUCGGCCCAGCAGAUACGUUGUUCGAGGGUGGAUUUUUUAAAGCGAACCUCACCUUUCCUCAUGACUACCCACUCCGUCCUCCAAAGAUGAAGUUUAUUACAGAACUCUGGCACCCUAAUGUGGCAAAGAACGGCGACGUCUGCAUCUCGAUCUUACACGAGCCAGGAGAGGACAAGUUUGGCUACGAGAAGCCCGAAGAGCGCUGGCUGCCGAUCCACACCGUCGAAACCAUCAUGAUCAGCGUCAUCUCCAUGCUGGCUGACCCGAACGGCGACUCGCCAGCCAACGUGGACGCUGCCAAAGAAUGGCGAGAGGAUCCCAGUGGAGAGUUCAAAAGGAAAGUUGCCCGCUGUGUGAGAAAAAGCCAGGAGAUGGCAUUCGACUAGAUAUUCCCUUCACUGCAAUACUCACUUAAAUGACAGGAGAGCUUGAAAUACAAGUGAUCAGAGAUCCAUCACUCUGAGCCGAAGUUUCACUCACAAGGAAAUGGAAAUAUUGUAACAGCUGAAUCUUCUCUGAAUGUGUGGUUAGAAGUAUAUCAUGUGUUUGUGUACGUGUGUAUGUGAGAGAGUGAGACUUAUUUAUUGUCUGGAUAAUGAUGAAGUGUAAUGCAUGUUUUUUUUUUUUUUUUUUGCUUGUUUUCCCCUUCUCCUGCCUCUGAGCCAUCAACUAUGUGCAAAGUCACUUAUGCAAUUUUCUCAGUUUCACACUCACUCUAGCUGUAGAGAGCCUCAUACCAGAAAUGUCUCUCCCUAAGGAGUCAGUGUGCUCCCUGCUGCCUUAAUAUAUCCUCCUGUACAGGAGCGAAUUGAAUUCAGUGAUGCCAGGUCUGUCGGAAUCGAUCCUGUUUGUCUCGACAAACCAAAAAGAAUAAUUCAUGAAAGAGAAUAUUUUUGUGUAUAAAAUAUUCUGUGACUGUAAAUAUCCUGUAUUAUAGCCAUGUUUGUGUUUUGCCUCCACUUGAGUUCUUUUCAUUCGUGGCUAUACAGUGUGUAACUUUAAAGCGGUCAGCCAUAAUAUUAGUUUUUAAAUCUUUUGUCCGUUUCUCCUAAUUUACUUUCUUAUCGCUCAUUAAAAGCAUUUCGUCUUAAGUCUAAAAGUUUAUUGUGCGUCUUCUCUCAUCACCUUUUUUUUUUUUUUUUUUUAAAUAUGUGAGAAACAUUCGUGGUUCUCGUUCUCAGAUUUGAUUCUCCUCAGGAGCAUUAAGUUUUCCCAAAUGGAAAAAAUUCAACAUUUAUAGCUAAGGAAUAACAUCAACAACCAGAGUCACCCUUUAUCCCAAGUCAAAAGCAUCAAAAGCCUUCCUAUACAGAAUAAACCGUUUUUCAUUUUUCAGCUUUUAUUUGAUUGCCUUGUGUUGUACAUAUGAUGGCAGGAAAGCAAAUGGGCAGUAUAAAAUUAAUCUUAAAUCUGGUAUCCAAUGGAAAUAAACCACAAAAAAAGGG